CACGCGCACAUACAGGGGCGAGCGCUCUACGGAUCAUAGCCUACACGCCCAGCACUGCAAUGCUGCUACCUGGUAAAGGGCGGAAAAAAUCUCCAGCUCCAAGCUCCCCAUGACAGUAUUUCGCCAGAAUGGUCAAGAAAUCCUGCACAGGCGGGGUUUACCCUGGUCCAGCUGCGGAGAAAAAGCUCAAAGUCGGCUUUGUCGGGCUAGAAGCUGGAGCUAGUACGGACUUAAACAGAGAUGGGGCGCUGCUCAUAGCAGGUGCAGACGCCGAGGCAACAAAGCGAGGCAGCAUCCUUAGCAAACAGAGGUCCAGCCUCUCUGGCAAACCGAAGCCUCCAAAGAGAAAUGCCUUUUACAGAAGAGUGCAGAAUUUUCUUUAUAAUGUUUUGGAGAGACCAAGAGGAUGGGCAUUUAUAUACCACGCAUACGUUUUUGUGCUGGUCUUCUCCUGUCUAGUCCUCUCUGUGUUUUCCACCAUUAAGGAGUAUGAGAAGAGUUCCGAAGAUGCCUUGUAUAUACUGGAAAUAGUCACCAUCGUGGUGUUCGGCGUGGAGUACACAGUGAGGAUAUGGGCCGCCGGAUGCUGCUGCAGAUACAGAGGAUGGAGGGGCCGUCUGAAAUUCGCCCGCAAGCCCUUCUGUGUGAUUGACGUCAUGGUGCUGAUUGCGUCCAUCUCUGUGCUGGCGGCGGGAACCCAGGGGAAUGUGUUUGCUACGUCGGCCAUCCGGAGUUUGAGGUUCCUGCAGAUCCUGCGCAUGAUCCGGAUGGACCGCCGCGGAGGCACCUGGAAACUCCUGGGAUCUGUCGUCUACGCUCACAGCAAGGAGCUGAUCACGGCGUGGUACAUUGGCUUCCUCUGCCUCAUCCUGGCAUCCUUCCUGGUCUACCUGGCAGAGAAAGAGGACAAUGACCAGUUUGAGACCUACGCAGACGCACUGUGGUGGGGCCUGAUCACCCUGACUACCAUUGGGUACGGAGACAAGUUUCCCAUAACGUGGAAUGGACGUCUUCUCGCCGCAACCUUCACCUUGAUUGGAGUAUCUUUCUUUGCACUUCCAGCAGGUAUCUUGGGCUCUGGCUUUGCCUUGAAGGUCCAGGAGCAACAUCGACAAAAACACUUUGAGAAGAGGCGGAAUCCUGCGGCAGGGCUUAUUCAGGCCGCAUGGCGCUUCUAUGCCACUAAUCUCACCCGGCCAGACCUGGAGUCGACGUGGGAUUAUUACGAACGCACCGUAUCCUCGCCGAUGUACAGUAGACUGAUCCCUCCGCUAAAUCAACUUGAUCUCCUAAGAAACCUGAAGAGCAAGUCGGGACUGUCAUUCAGAAAGGAAGCCCAAACGGAGCCCUCCCCAAGUCAGAAGGUCAGCCUGAAGGAGCGUGUGUUCUCCAGUCCCCGGAGCUCGGGGACCAAAGGGAAAGGUUCCCCCCAGGGCCCCAGCCAGGGCCAACCCAUCCGCCGGUCCCCCAGCGGAGACAACAGCAAUGAAGACAGCCCCAGCAAAGUGCCCAAGAGCUGGAGCUUCGGCGAACGCAGCCGGGCACGUCAAGCCUUCCGCAUCAAGGGAGCCACCUCGCGCCAAAACUCGGAAGAAGCCAGCCUCCCUGGUGAGGACAUAGCGGACGACAAUAAGAGCUGCCACUGUGAGUUUGUCCCUCAGGAUUUAACUCCCGGACUCAAGGUCUCCAUCAGGGCCAUUUGCAUUAUGAGGUUCAUGGUCUCCAAGAGGAAGUUCAAAGAGAGCCUGCGGCCAUACGACGUGAUGGAUGUCAUAGAGCAGUAUUCAGCCGGCCACUUAGACAUGCUGGCCCGCAUCAAAAACCUCCAGUCCAGAGUUGACCAGAUUGUUGGUCGAGGUACUCCGAUCACAGAUAAAGACCGUCCCAAAGGAACCACUGACGGUGGGGUUGAAGAGGACCCAAGCAUGAUGGGGCGCCUAGGGAAAAUGGAAAAACAGAUCAUGUCAAUGGAAAGGAAGCUGGACUUCUUGGUGAACAUCUACAUCCAGCGCAUGGGCAUCCCCCAGUCGGAGACAGACGCCUACUUUGGGUCCAAGGAGCCCGAACCGGCACCGCCCUACCACAGCCCUGUGGACCACAUGGAGAAGAGUGGCUCCAUCACCAAGAUCAUCCGAUCCAACAGCUCUACCGGACAGAAGAACUUCGACCCACCGCCAGCCUGCUCCAGUCUGGGGGUCCACUGCCCACCCUCCACCUCCUGGCAGCAGCACACCGUCAGCGAGUUCCACCAUCGCAGCCAGGGCAACUCGCCCUCUCCUGUAGGUGAUCCCUCCUUAGUCCGUAUCCCUCCUCCACCGGCCCACGAGCGCUCCUCUGGAAGCCACAACGGGAGCAAUCGGGGAUCCCACCGGAACAGCGGUGGUGGUGGAGGUGGAGGUGGUGGUGGAGGUGACGGCAGUGGCGAGGGGGAGAGAGUGGGCAAGCCAGACAGCGACACGUCCAUCUCUAUCCCUUCGGUGGACCACGAGGAGCUGGAGCGCUCCUUCAGCGGCUUCAGCAUCUCCCAGUCCAAGGAGAACCUGGACUUCCUGAACAACAGCUAUUUCAGUGGCGUGGCCCGCUGCGCCAAGGUAAGGCCCUACAUCGCAGAAGGUGAGUCCGAUACUGACUCGGACCUCUGUGCCCCCUCACCCAACUCGGCCACCGGUGAAGGCGCUUACGGGGACCGAGGGUGGUCAGGAUCCAAGUAGGCCAGAAUUGGAACCUCAUAUAAAUGGGGCCAUGGUUACUCUGCUUUGCAGUUCAGAGCAUAGAGUCCGAUAUGCUGGGUGUUAGGCCGCUGCUACCACCAAUGGUACUUGUGAGAACAGAAUCACCCAGCUCCUCUUAAAUGACUGCAGCGUAGAGUGAGACAAAAGGUUAUCAGACUACACUCCAGCAGUUUUUACUGCGAAAGCGCCUGUAGUUUUUCAUACUGGGAAGGUUUGCAGCAGCUUGACUUAAAGCACACACAUUUGUUCUCAUGUAUUCACACACUCAUCAAGGUUAAGUUUGCCAGUGAUUUUUUUUAAAUCUCUGACCCUGGAACGGAAUGCAGAUUAAUUGCCAACCUUCUAUAUUAUCAUUGAGACAGUUAAAGCGUUAUCACACAGAAGAUACAGGUCCCGUGUGGCUCAGUUGGUAGAGCAUGGUGCUUGCAAUGCCAGGGUUGUGGGUUAGAUUCCCAUGGGGGAUCAAUACGAACAAAUAUGAAAAUGUAUGCACUCACUACUGUAAGUCGCUCUGGAUAAUAGUGUCUCCUAAAUUACUAAAAAGUAAUAAUUACAUAAAAGAUACUUGAGUUUGAUCUAAACUAUGACAUCAUCUUUGUUGUAUGUCAUUGUUUUUUAUUUGACAUUUUAGUCAUUUAGCAGACGCUCUUAUCCAGAGCAACUUACAGUUAGUGA